AUGAGUGAUUCUGCCGUCGAGCAAAUCAAGCCAGAUGAAUAGCUUAAUCAUAUGUAGUUGAAUGAUCAGCCAACUGCUUCAGAAAGCAACGAAUAAGAAUAAAAUGGAGUUCAUGAGGACUAAUAGGAAUAAAGUCUAAAUAAAUCUGUAGAUGAAUAGCAUUAGUUAGUUAAUGGACAUAGUCACAAUAUUAAUGGAGACAGUGAACAUUUAGUUUCAAAUGGCAAUGAGUAUUUAGGUAAAGGUAAUAUGAAGUAGAUUGAUGAAGCAAAAAACGGAAUUGAAACCUAAAAUGAAGCUAAUGGUACAGGAGCAGAAUAAAGUAUUGAAGAGGAUUAAGCAAAUAGUCAGUAAAAGUAAUAAGAUGAUUAAAAGGAAAAUAUAGAUGAAUAAGCUGAGUAGCAAGGUUAAGAUGAGAAACAAGCAGAUGAUUAAGUUUAAAAUAUAUAAGAAAUAAAUGAAUAAAAUGGAAUUAAUGAAGAAGUUAAUAAAGAUUAAAAUAACAAUCAUAUAGAUGAUAAUGCCCAAGAGCAUGCUGACAUGAUUGAAGAAAUAGAAAAAUAAAAAGAAUAAUUCAAGUAAAUCGCACAAAUGUAGGAUGAUGGAAAUGAUUAAAUUGAACAUGAAUGUUGUCAUGAAAAUGGGAUUCAUAAUGAUUGUGAAAAUAAAAUGGAGGUAGAAUAAUAGGAAGGCUAAAAAAGCUAAGAAAAUAAUGUAAUUGUUGAAGGUGAACAAGGCGAAAACAAAGAGUAAAAUGAAAAAAGCGAAAAUGAUGCUAAUAAAGAGGAUGGAUUAGAAGUAUAAAAUGAAAAUAAGAAAGAAGAAAACGAAGAUUAAUAAGAUUAAGGGAAUAAAGAAGAUGAAUAAGAAAAUUAAACUGAUAAACAAGAUAAUAAAAAUAAUGAUGAAAAUCAAGAGGAACUAGAAAAGCAAGAUACCACUGAAAAGGUAGAAUAAGAAGUUACUUAAAAGGAGGAAAAGAAGAAAAGAAAGAAAAAUAAGAGGAAGAAAGAACUAGAGAAAUAGCAAGAAGAAGAGGAAGCAAAUAAUGAGAAUAAAGUAGAACAAGCAGCUGAAGAGGAAAAUAAUGAAAAUAGCAAUCAUGCUAAUAAUGAAGAAUUAGAAAAUAAAGAAAAACCUAAGAAAAAAAAGUACAAAAGAAAGAAUAAAAAUAACGAAAAAGAAAAAGAAGAGAAAGAUGAGGCAAAAGAAGAUGCUGAAAAGGAAGAUAAAGACGAAGACAAAGAUAAUGAUAGGGAAGAUAAAGAUGCUGCUGAAAAUGACAAAGAAGAUAAAGACGAGGAAGGUUAAAAUGAUGAAGAUUAAGAAGAAGAUGCAAAUGCAACUACAAAAGAAGAAAAGAAGAAAAAAAAGAAAAAAGAAAAACAAGUAGGAAAAGACUACCGUUUCUCUAAAUUGGCUAACUGCCACAUGUGUAAAAGAAAGAAUAAAUAUGUUUACGGUUGUUAUAAAAACUGGAUUCCUACUUCUUGUAAUAAAUUUUUCUGUAUUGACUGCUUGAUGAAUGGAUUAAAAGAAAACAUUCUCUUGAUUGUCCAGAAAGAAGAAACUUGGAAGUGCCCUUAUAAAAAAAAUACCUGUUUGUGCAGACACUGUUUGAACAAAAAAGAAGAUUUUUAAAUCCCUCUAAUUGAAGACGACAAUGAAAUUCCAAAACUUUUCGGAGAAGCACCAUCUAAAAAGCACAAAAAGAACGAAGAAGAUGUCUAUCAAACAAGACUCAACAUGAAAAAUAAAAUGAAAAAGCUAAUUGAUUUUAAUGGCCAACUUAUAUAAAAAAUGAAUAAAUUGUAAAGUUAACUUACAAAAGAAGAAAGUGUUUUCUAUAAUAGACUUAUUCACGACAACUUAAUUGUACUCGAAAACCUCGCAAGCAAACUUGCUGACAAAGAUAAAAUUAAAGAAGAAGAAAACCAAGGCAAGUUCCAUUACUAUUGA